GGCCGAGAAGGCAACAGAAAAUAAAACCCUGUUAUCAAGUAGUGCCAGAUUCUGCUAAACAAAGAAAGAUAGAGAGAGAAAAUAUAACCAUUUUGGAUCUAACCCUUCUUCGUCCCCGUUCCCCUUCUCUGCUUCAAGCCUCAAACCAUGAGGAUCAGAAAACAUGCUAAGCUCACAGGCUCUUCUCUCAUCCCUCAAGACCUCCUUCCUGAGACCCACGUGUGCCAACUGAACCAGUCACCGUGGGAUGUUAUACACUUCCCAACUGGUUCAUCUUCAACACCUGAAUACAAGGUUGAUAAAGACAGUAGCUUUACCGGAAAUGGGAGCUUUGCAGACUCUAUCGGAGCUGUGGAGAGCACUGCCUCAAUGAAGAUAUCUCUGGAAGAAGAAAAGGAGACUAAGGAAGACGAUGGCCCGAACCAUAAGAGAGAGGACCAUCUGGGUAUUGAAAAUAAUGAGGCUAUUUUGUGCAGUAAGAGUGAUGGGAAGGGUUGGCAAUGUUGGAGAGAAGCAAAAGAAGAUCAUUCACUUUGUGAACAUCAUUUUACCCAGCUCAGGAAUUACAACAAUUUGGCUCAUCCUGGCAGAAGAUCUGGUAAGUCGUCGGAGAAAGAUGUGGCAAUCAGUCGCCAUCCGCGCACAAAGAAGGGUUCAUCAGUAUCUAAUCGACAUGAAUUUUACUAUUACUCCGGAUUUGGACCACGUUGGGGCAAGAAGAGAGGUACGAUAAUUGAACCCAAUGUUAGCAGUGACCCCAAACUUAUAGUAACCAAUGUUAGCAGUGACACCAAACUUGUAGUUGAACCUAUCACUAAAGUCACAACAAAAUCAUCGGCACUCCAGAUUGAUGACGCAGAGUUUGAUUAUGUAGGGGAGGAUGAUUACGAUGACGACCAAGAUGAAAGUAGUGAAGCAAGGAAGAAAAGAGGCCGAAAACCUAUUAAGGCUAGGUCAUUGAAGUCUCUAAUGUGAGCAUGGAUGAUUAGAAAUGUGUGUGAUUAUCGUAAUUGUUUUAGUUUUUGUGUUAGUUAAAGUACUUUUAGGUUAGUAUAAUUUUUUGUUUUACAUUUUGGAGUGUUUUGUUAUAAGUGAGAAUAGUAGGUCUCUUCAUAGAAUAUUUUACUAUUUAACAUGUAAUUCAUGUAAUCCUAGUUGUUGUGUUUAGUGAAAAGGGCAAACUUGUCAUUGAAAAUUUGUAAUAUAUUUGAAUUCCUUGUAUUAUCGUGGCCA